UUGUUAGAACAUUCUUGUGGGUGGAGAAGAAAUUCCGGUUCCGGGUGAUUUUAUACUUCUCUCGAAAGCGUUUGUUUGUCUGAUUAUGGUCUUAAAUCAUAAAGUUCUAAUAAUUUACGAACAUUCAGGGUAGAAAAUACUGUUUUAUUUUGAAGAAAAACUUGAAUAUCAGCAAAGAUGACAACUCGAUCAGAGAGAGAAAAGGCCCUGAAACUCAACGAGCAGCAUCAGGCCAUUCUGUCCAAAAUGCUGAGAGAAGAAGACAACAAAUAUUGCGCCGACUGUGAAGCGAAAGGUCCAAGAUGGGCAUCCUGGAAUUUGGGAGUUUUUAUAUGUAUCCGGUGUGCUGGCAUCCACAGGAACCUUGGAGUGCACAUAUCACGUGUCAAGUCAGUCAACUUGGACCAAUGGACGGCAGAACAAAUACAGAGCAUAGUAGACAUGGGCAACACCAAGGCCAGACAGAUUUAUGAGGCCAACCUUCCAGACACCUACAGAAGGCCCCAGACAGACCAAGCAGUGGAGUUCUUCAUCAGGGACAAGUAUGAGAAGAAGAAAUAUUACAGCAAGAACGUGACCAAUGGAGCCAGUCCAAAAGAUAAAGAGACCAAGAGGGAGAAGGAGUCUGACAAAGGCAGCAAGAUAUCAUACAAUGCCAAGAGUGAGGAGACCCGACAAGUCCCCAAAGCCAGUCCUGUGAAGAUCCCAGAUCCUCCCGUCAACUUGCUGGGGCUUGAUGCCCCAACACUUGCCCCAGCUAACAAUGUCAGUGCUGCAGUCGCAACGAGCAACGACCUGGAUAUCUUCGGCCCCAUGGUGUCCAACCCCCUCCCCUCAUUUACUGCUGCAGCUCAGUUUUCUCAGGUCAGCCCCAGUGCCACCGCCAACCCCCCGACACAAGCCCCGGCGGUGACCCCGUCCCCAGGCUCUGCUGCGGGUGACAUGGACCUGUUCAGUGAGGGCGGCAGUGCCGGGGGGUGCAAGGGUGAGGACGCGGGGGCCAAGAAGCCCCUCUCCAAGGACUCCAUCCUGUCCCUGUACGGGAGCGCCAGUAUGUCCCAGAUGCCCCAGCACCAGCAGGCCCCCGCCGCCGGUAUGUACAUGAACCCGGGCCCGAUGCAGUUUCCCGUGGGCAUGGCCCAGCAGCAGGUCCCCGCCGGCUACCAGGCCUUCCCCGGCAUGGGCGCGGCCGUGCCGCCCACCACUGUCAUGGGCGCCAUGAUGGGGCACAACACGGGCAUGAUGGUUGGCAUGACGAUGCCUAAUGGUUUCAUGGGGCAAGCGCCCGCGGCAGGAGUGAUGGGUAUGGCCCCGAGGAUGAUGGGACAACAGGGGGGCAUGCCAGCCGGCAUGGUGCCUGCCCAGGGGGUGUACGCCCUCCACCCGGGUCAGCAGGGCCAGUGGAACAUGGGACAGAUGAACCAGCAGAUGUCAGGGAUGAGUCUGAACGGUGCCGGGGGGACCAUGGCCUUCGGUCAACACGCCUCCACCAUGGGUGGAUGGGCCACCACUCCUUCAGGCCAGACCCUCAGCACACAGCUCUGGAAGUGACCCCUCCGGAGGUUAGAGGUCAGGAGUUAAAGAUCAGGGCUGAGUAAGAGGGGGGUCGCGACCAGGGUUCCAAAAUCAAACCCUGCAUCACCAACCUCAACAUGAACUGAUGCCAGUUGAUUCCGAACCUAAACUGACCACUCUCCAUCUACAAGCUCUUCUCUGGCCCAGUAAGAAUACAGAAGAGAUGCCUCCUUCCUUCAUUUGUGUCUGUGAAGUAAGCAAAGAUCGAUAAAGGAUUGGACAGGUGUAAGCGAGGUUGCCAAACUAUUACACUGUCAAAUCCAACCGAAUCAGAUCAGUGAUUACAUCAAGGAAGAAGGGAUGCAUUUCUAAAGUUUUCGCGUGGAGCGUCUCUCUCUCUCUCUCUCUCUCUCUCUCUCUCUCUCUCUCUCUUUUUCUUUCUUUCUUUCUAUCCUCUCUUGACUUCUCUUGUGUGAGUGAAUUGGGAGUGAUCAUACACCACCAUACACAGGCUGCCUGUCUGUGUCUGUUAUGUUUGAUAUCAUAACAUUUAAUUUUCCAUUUUUUGGGGGAAAAAAAAGAAAUCAAAAUGUAAAAACAACAACAAUGUAGACACAAACGACGACAACACCAUCGACAACAUAUCUGAAAAGCUGCAGGACCAGUUACACAAGCUUUUAUUGUAUCAUUAUAAAGUCAUAUUAUAGAAUUUAAGAAUAGUAUUUAAAUUUUGGGAGAAGAUGUGGCUGUCAUGUCUGUGAAUACCGCUCCCCUAUGUACAGCACUGUAUAACCUUCUUUUAAAGUAUCUGUGGUUCCCUUACAAAAUAAAGGAUAUUAAACCAA